AGCCGCAUUCCUGGGAUGCCGCGAGCGCUGGACGCGGCCGCGGCCCGGAACGCGCGACGUCAGCGCCGCGGCGCACGCGGCGGCCCCGCGCCCUAUAUAAGGCGGUCGCGCCCGCCGCCGCCUCAGACCGCGCCGGCCCCGCUCCCGCUCGCCGCCUCCCGCCGUCCCUCGCUCCCGCCGGCGCUAGACAUGGGCUCCGCGGGCACCCGCCCCGCUCUGGCGGCCGCCCUCCUCUGCCUGGCCCGCCUGGCUCUGGGCUCGCCCUGCCCCGCCGUCUGCCAGUGCCCGGCGGCCGCGCCGCAGUGCGCCCCGGGCGUGGGGCUGGUGCCGGACGGCUGCGGCUGCUGCAAGGUCUGCGCCAAGCAGCUGAACGAGGACUGCAGCCGGGCGCAGCCCUGCGACCACACCAAGGGGCUGGAGUGCAACUUCGGCGCCAGCCCCGCCGCGCUGAAGGGCAUCUGCAGAGCCCAGUCCGAGGGGAGACCGUGCGAAUAUAACUCCAAAAUCUACCAGAACGGCGAAAGCUUCCAGCCGAACUGUAAACACCAGUGUACGUGCAUAGAUGGAGCUGUGGGCUGCAUCCCGCUCUGCCCGCAAGAGCUCUCGCUUCCUAACCUGGGCUGCCCCAGCCCCAGGCUGGUCAAAGUCCCAGGGCAGUGCUGCGAAGAGUGGGUCUGCGACGAAAGCAAGGAUGCGCUGGAUGAGCUGGAAGGCUUCUUCAGCAAAGAGUUUGGUCUGGACGAUUCCGAAGGCGAGCUAACCAGGAACAACGAGCUGAUUGCCAUUGUGAAGGGGGGCCUCAAGAUGCUACCCGUUUUUGGCUCCGAGCCACAAAGCCGAGCUUUUGAGAAUCCCAAAUGCAUUGUGCAGACCACCUCCUGGUCCCAGUGCUCAAAGACGUGUGGAACUGGCAUCUCCACGAGGGUUACCAACGACAAUCCCGACUGCAAGCUCAUCAAAGAGACCAGGAUAUGUGAAGUGAGGCCAUGUGGCCAGCCUAGCUAUGCCUCCCUAAAGAAGGGAAAAAAAUGUACCAAGACUAAGAAGUCCCCAUCCCCAGUGAAGUUUACCUAUGCCGGAUGUUCCAGCGUGAAGAAGUACCGCCCCAAGUACUGUGGCUCCUGCGUGGAUGGCAGGUGCUGCACGCCCCAGCAGACCAGGACUGUCAAGAUCAGGUUCCGCUGCGAUGAUGGGGAAACCUUCACCAAGAGCGUCAUGAUGAUCCAGUCCUGCCGAUGCAACUACAACUGUCCGCAUGCGAAUGAAGCUUAUCCCUACUACAGACUAGUCAAUGACAUUCACAAAUUUAGGGACUAAGUUGUGUUGGGGGUGGGAUGCUAAACAGAAUUUUGAAGUAACCAGCCAUGGAGGAAGGACCUUUGAUGGAAAUGGUGCCUUGCCCAUUUGAGGGCAACAUUGAGAUGUUCCAAGAGUGCACUGUGCAACUGGACACUAAUGCAACAGAGAUUUAAGCAUACUUAAAGCUUCAUAGUACUGGAGCAACUUUACUGCUUCUUUUUGGAGCACCUUAUCUAAUUAUAUACUGUUUUCUGUUUGUAAGUGAUCAGAUAAAUGUUUUGUUCCGGUUAUGAAAACUUCUUUUCUAUCCUGUUCAAUUUAACACUAUGCUUCUCCCCUCUCCCUCCAUCUUCUCCCACCCUUUCCCAACCAACUUGGAAGUUACAUUCCUUCCUGAGGUGGGCACUUGUGGGGUGUUCACAGUGGCAGCUAUUGUGUACCAACUGUAGUUUAAUGGCAAACAGAAAUCAGUUGUUUUAAAGCUGAGUAUUUUAUUUAUCAAACUGUAGCUUUUUUGUUUUUCCUUGAGUUUGUUUUGUUUUGUUUUUUUUUUUACCCCUUCCAGCCCCUGUAAUACUGGAAUAAGUUGUAAAUGAUUUUAAUUUUAUAUUCAAUGAAUUGAAAGAAUUUAUUUAUGGAAUUAAUCAUUUAAUAAAGAAAUAUUUACCUAGCUACUCUUAGUAGAGCAUUCUGAUAGGCAACAGACUUAUAUCCAGCAAAUGCAAGAGCUUUCUGUGAAAACUUUUGACUUCUGAAAAGCUUAGAUUCUCUGAAAAUUAAAACAAGCUCUACUACAGCUGCAGCAAUGAACUAAAAAGCUGAGUCUAAUUCUUCGGGUAAAUGACGUUUCUGAAGUGGUGUAUGCAGUCUGCAACCCCAUGCUCUAGAAAGUAUUUACAGAAGAAGCUUCUCAGCAUUGAAAGCAAAUGUUUGAUAGAGAGACUGAAAUGUUAAUUAGACUGUCAGAUUACUCAAACUGUCCUGGAAUUUGCAACAUAAGGUACUUCAUUAGAAUGCAGUGCAUGCACGGUGAUGUUGAACAUUGGGGUGGAAGUGGUCGUCAGGUCUCGCAUUUUUUGGUGGCUGCUUUUUGCAAAUUAAUACAUUUCUGUGGCAGAAGAAUGUUUCCUACGGUCUGCAGGAGGUAGUUUGCUUUCACUAAAUUCAAAUUAAAUGAGCUUGAAGCAAUGACUUUUGUUAAUCCUAAUAACCCAGUGAUGAAAAGUAAACAUACUGUUAACAGGAGAAGAAUGUGAGGAAUUUCAAGUACUUCUCCAACAGAGUAAAAGGCAAAGCAGCUACUCUUCCUCACCUCCCCUUCCCACUUUUUAAAUAUGUAAUUACACUUUAUACUGUGGGACACAGAUGACAUUUGGCUAACCGAGGGAGUCGUAAGAUAGCUAGCUGGCACAUGGUAGGAAAAUGACAUUUAAAAAAAUGGACUAGACUAGGAUCUAAGAAAGCAGCAUCAAACAUUUGUAUUAUUCUGGCUAGCAUAAAGCUGCGCUGCGGACAAGACCGAAAGGAAACCUGCAACAUGGUUGGUUUUUUUUCCCCUCCUCCUUGUGACUGGUUGGUUCUCUGGCAAAAUAUCCUCCCCUAGUCUUUAGUAAGAAAGCUACUUCUCAUAAAAACCAGAAACUGAUUUUGAGGUUUUAGAAUUGUGAAGGGCUGUCAUCCAGUGUCAGAUGCAGAAGUGGUUAAGAGUCAACUUUUUAUUAGAUUAGACAUAAAUAUUUCAAUAAAAUAAAUGGCCAAAUAUCUCAGAAGCUUAUCUCUGGCAGCUAAUGCUUUGCCUGAGAAAUUACAGCCAUCUCUCUUCUGCUCAGUCAAGUUCUCUCCCCGAAGGCAUUCAAAACUUGAGCUGUUUUGGAAUUCACCACCUGGCCACCAGCCUCAGCUGUACCUAAACUUGUCUGUACAGUAUUUGUUGACAGUAAAAGUGUAAAAUGUGGUGAAGCACUCUUGUUUGGCUUCUACUUACAUUUAGCACUGAACACUUCACUACAUCAGCUGCUCACUGAGAAAUCAUCAGGUUUACCUGUCAGGUUAUUGCGUGGAGAGAGGAAGAGCAAUACACUGCUCACAGACACACAGCAGCUGCGUGCGCAUUCCUCGCCAUCCCCACUGUCAGUUAUACUUGAGUGACACCCACCCUCAAACCAACGCAAGUAACAGUUCCUCGAAAAAUUACAUAUACAUGUGACUAUGCUAUGCGCGUAGACUCUAUGUCUGUAACGUGCACACCGCAUACAAACCAAAGCGGCUCUUCCAACUCCUGCCUAAAGUGGGGCUCUAGCCAGGCCCUGGAUUUUACAACCCGCACUUUGGGCUUUCCAAGUUUCAUCGAGUAGAGGGGUGGUUCUGUAAUCUGCUCACUAGAAAAAUGUGCUGUUGGGAGAGCAAGGGCUGCAGGAGCACAUCAGGCAAACAAAAGAGUAAAAUAUACUAAAUGAAAUUAUCCCGCUGUGAAGAGGGGGGACGAGCCCCACUAAAACGAACCGCAAGUCUUCCAGAGCUGGGAUCUCACACCAACCGAUGGUCGCCGAUACGGUCCUCUCUUCACGUUUUUGCAUUUCACAAUUACGCGGCAAAACUACUAAACCCCACAAUUCCCAACGCUGUAAAAGCAAUCACCGUCACUUUCUGUCUAUCACCUUUGCACUCGCUUUGAAAUCUUUAUAUCCUCUGUUGUCCCAGCAGAAAGAACCCUAAUACUAGGCACGAAAAUAUAACUGAGAAAAGCGUGGGUUCCUUUAAGUGCAGUCAGCAGGGCUUACAGGUAAGGUUAACGAGCACGACUAUAAUCUUAUUUCUUGGCCAAACCCUCCGACGUCGGUGUCCAUCUUCGAGAAGACCGCCGGAAGACGAGGAGUUAGGACCAGAGUAAACAAUGGCCGUGACAAGCGGCGGCAGGUUUUCAGCACAUUUCAACGCCCGGCCGCAGAGCGGUUCAGACGCUGCCAACAA